CUUAUUGAAUUACACAAAGUGGACGGAGAGGCAGAAGAAAACCCCAAACCUGAGAUCUGGAUUAGUGAGGAAUCCCAAAAAUUAAUGGAGGAAAGGGAAACUAUCAAGGACAGCAGCAGUAGUAGUUCACCUGGAGGGAAACCCACCAUUUUUGUGGAACGUCAAGCUCUGGCAAAACCUGCAGAAAGCAAGGGAUGGUAUUCAGGCUGGUUCAGUAGUAGCACUCCAAAAGAAGAUGACUCAAUGCUUUGGAUUAAUCCGCAACUGAGUCUUCAGCAAGAUUAUCAUAAACAGCAAUUAAAUAAAAAGUUAGGCUCCAUUGCAAAUAUAUGCAUUAAAAUGGUGACAUUUAGUCUAACUCUCCAUCCUGCAAAUUUUUUUGGUCUUGAAACAUUGCUAACAGUUCCAUCUUGCAAUAUAUUAUCAGAAAACAGGUUUGGAAAUGGAGGGCUGACUUUGCAUGGAAAGUCAGCAAAGUCUGUUCGAGCUACUACGCUUGAUUUUGGAUGUUUUGAAGUGGACUGUAUUGAUAAGCCCUUCACUCGCUCCGGGACUCGACCUCAGCCCGCGUCAGCUGCGCCCGCCAACGGCUUCUCGGCUGUGCACAAAGCUGUCCUCUUUCUUCAGCGCCCACCGUCUCCACCGCAGUCGUCGCCUCCUACUCGUUGA